AUGGGAGGGUUUAAGGGGACGAGCGGCGAGGAAGAAGACAAGGGCAAAAGGAAAAAAGAUCGAAUAAUGGAAAGGCUAACUUUUUUUUUUUUGAGGGAAUGGCAAAAGGCUGACGAAAAGGCAAAGCGCUCUGUCCCCCACAGGCCCGCAGCCGAAAGAUUCCGAGUUCUGGGCCAGUGGAACUGGAUCGGCAAGGGGGACCUCGAGCCCGACGGCGUCCACCGGAUCCUGGACUACGCCGCCGACCUCCACGUGGACUUCGCCCACCGGGCCCUGGGCUUCAUUUUCAAGCUCCGCCUCCCGCGGGGCGACGCCCACCUCACGCGCCUCACCGUCGGCGGCAUCCGCGUCGGCCUCUCCAAGCCCUUCUGCGCCCGCUCCCACACCUUCUCCGUCCUCGAGGUCAUCUACCUCGACGGCGUCACGCUCUCCGACCACACCGUCGAGAACCUGGUCGCCGCGUGCCCCCUCCUCCGCACCCUCGACCUGCGCUACUGCGACGGCCUCGAUUUCGUCAACCUCGAGGCCGCCGGGCCGCACCUGAGGAGCCUCACCGUCGCGGAGUGCGGAGGGGUGAGAGACAUUUGUACCAUGGAGGCGCCCAGCCUUCGCUCCUUCCGCUACAGCGGCUCCUACAUCCGCGCCCUGACAAUCCCUGCCACCUGCGCGCUCGCCGACCUUUACCUAUGCUUCGGCGGACCUGCCGGUCGCCUCCGGCCUCUCGGCACCCCACUCUGUUUCGAUUUUGCUUGGCCUGCAGGGGUGCCAAGAAAUUGGCUUCAGGCACUCACCAACCUCUCAAGCCUCACCGUGCUUACCCUCUGCAGCAGUGCCCUGCGGAGAGUGUCUGCCAAGGCUCGUGAGAGAUCACUAACCAAAAGUGGUGCCGCGUCGUGCAAAUUGAGGAAUUUGAGAGAGCUGCAGCUGCUGAUGUUUGCAAUGUACAACAGCAGCCUGGAUGACAUUUACGUUUUCAUGGUGGCCUGCUGCCCCCCUCUUUUAGAGAGGCUGUUUGUGCAGCUUCCAACAAAUAGUCACUAUUAUAGACUGGGCUCAGAACAAUCAGAAUCAGAGGAAGAGCUACUAGAGGAAAAUGGGCCAGUGGAGGAGCUGCGGGGAGAAGAGGCACCUGAGGAAAAUGGGCCAGAGGAAGAGCUACCAGAAGAGGAAGAUGAGCUUCAGGAGGAGCUACUAGAGGGAGAGCUGGCAGAAGAGGAAGAUGAGCUUCAAGACAAGCUGCCAGAGGGAGAGCUAUCAGAAGAGGAAGAUGAGCUUCAAGACGAGCUGCCAGAGGGAGAGCUAUCAGAAGAGGAAGAUGAGCUUCGAGACGAGCUGCCAGAGGGAGAGGCGUCGGAGGAAAAUCAGUCAGAGGAAGACUGGUCAGAUGAAGAGCUAUCUGAUGGAGGGCAAUCAGAGGAAGAGCCAGUAGAGGGUUGCCUUGAGAACCUUAAGUUGCUCAAGAUGACGAAUUUCAAGGGGGGUGACAAUGAGAUGAGGCUACUAAGAUUUGUGUUGAGGAACUCUACUAGUCUCAACCAACUGCUGCUAUUUACAUCGAAGAGUGAUCGACCAGAGUGGCUCCAGAAGGAUCAUCUGGAUACAUCCGAUAUUCUUGAAACAAAAAUAUUGCCUCUCCAAAAAGCCCUACCAAAUUGCCAGAUAAUUCUCGGUGAGUCUGAUGGUGAUGCAAUUCAGGCAUUUCAUCGGGAGGCCUUUGUCGACCGUCUAUUUCCGGAGCCCAUCCCCCUCGUCGACCUUAGCCGGCUCACGGACGCCGACGAGGCCGAGAGGCUCCGGGCGGCUCUGCAGACCUGGGGCUUCUUCCUGGCCACCAACCAUGGGAUCGAGGACUCUCUCAUGGACGCCAUGACGAGCGUGUCGAGGGAGUUCUUCCGGCAGCCGGCGGAGGAGAGGCAGAAAUGCAGCAACCUGGUGGACGGCAACGGCAAGGACUACCAGGUGGAAGGGUAUGGCAGUGACAAGGUGGUGUCCGACGAUCAGGUCCUCAACUGGAGCGACCGGUUGCAUCUGAGAGUGGAGCCGGAGGAUGAGAGGAAUUUCGCCAAGUGGCCCAGUCACCCCGAAUCUUUCAGGGAUGUGCUACAAGAGUAUGCAUCAAGAAUCAAGAAAAUAAGAGACCUCGUCUUACGGUCGAUAGCCAAGCUCCUGGAGAUUGACGAGGACUACUUCGUCAACCAGAUAUCAAACAAGGCCCCCGGGUUUGCUAGAUUCAACUACUACCCUCCAUGUCCGAGGCCUGACCUAGUUUUGGGCCUCAGGGCUCACUCCGACGGUGGUCUCCUUACCAUCCUUUUCAACGAUGACACCGUCGGUGGCUUGCAAGUUCAGAGAGAUGGGAGAUGGUACAAUGUUCCAGCAAAGCCUCACACAUUGCUGAUUAACCUAGCAGACUGCCUAGAAAUAAUGAACAAUGGAAUCUUUACGAGCCCGGUUCACAGAGUGGUGACGAACGUCGAGAAGGAUAGGCUUUCCUUGGCUGUGUUUUACGCCGUGGAUGCAGAAAUGAUGUUGGAGCCAGCGCCCGGUUUGCUGGAUGACAAGCGACCGCCAAGAUAUAAGAAAAUGGUGGCCAAGGAUUUUGUGGCUGGGCUCUUUGAACAUUUCCGUCAAGGGAAGAGAUUCAUUGACACCCUGAAAAUAUAG